UAAACACGCACUGACUGCGUGCGAGCAGAGGAACUGCAAAAUCCCAGUAACUACCGCAUCGUGCUCUCGAUUUCAGCAAGAAAUGGGAAGAAGCGAUGAUUCGAUAAGCAGGCGGAGGAACAAGAAGAACAGGAAAAAGCAAGAAAACAAGAGGGAUUCGUCCUCAAAGGUCUCCGCUCGUGUCGCUUCCAUUAUCGCCGCCAAGAAGCGCCGCCAGUCCGGCAAACGCCGCAACUGUCAGGGUAUGUGCUUCAGCCUUCCAACUCCAGAGGACCCUUUCAAUGAUAAGCUUGGGAAAAACGAACCCACGAGAAAAAGGAAGAGAAAUUCCAAAGAAAGGCGUAAGCUUGUGGACAAGAGUGCUCGUGGGCUGAAGAAAGAAUCUUUCAAGGACAAUAAUGCAGAUGGGGAUCUUAAAGGGCACAAAGCUAUUGAGUCCGUGAAUGUGGAGAAAGGGAAAUUAGCUUUGGUUUCUUCUAUAAGUUUCAUGGGGCCGGAGAUUGCUAUCAACUUAGGGAAAUCAACAUGCCAAAUCAUCAAGCGGGACGGGUCCAAUCAUUCUUGGAAAGAAUUUGCUUCAGAGAACAACUUGGAGUGCCCGUCAAAGUUCUUGAUUAUGUGCUUGAAUUCAAUUCAAAAAGCUUUGGAGAAUGGUGGAGCCUUGAGUAGUGAAGGGGAAAAGCCUCUCUUUGCCAAUGCGUGGGGCCUUGAGUUCUGGAAUUGUUACUGCACUGGAAAAGAUGUGUUGGAGACCACUGGAGCUGGUGCCACUGUCGAGCAAAUUGCGUGGAUGGCAUCAACUGCUGCUGAUACCAUUUCAAUGAAGGAGAAAGAGGGCUUGUCACUUAGUGGCCCUUUUCUUUUAUAUCUAGUGCCAUCACAAGAAAAGGCUUCUAAGGUACGACAAGUUUGCAAGCCUUUGAAAGCGCUUGGAAUACUUACAGUGAGUUUGCAUUCUGGUGCCUCCAUAGAUCAUCAAAUUAGUGGCUUAAAGAGUUGUGAGCCAGAGUUUCUUGUCUCCACCCCAGAGAGACUUUUGGAGCUUCUCUCCUUAAAGGCUGUUGACAUAUCUGGAGUGUCCUUAUUGGUUAUUGAUGGACUAGAAGCCCCUUUCAGAGGCGCUUACUUUGAUGCAGUCAAAUCCAUAAGGCAGUUCAUCCCUGAAAAGCUUCAGACAGUAGUUUUUGUGACUGCAUAAAUAAUUCAUCCAUUUAUGUCGUGCAAAAGCUGUCUGGAGGAUCUGUCUGCAAAUGAUAUUUUAGUAUCUCUAACAGUUUUAAGUGCAAUCAUCUCGUCUGUACAUGUUUCAAGAGGCUAAAAGCUAUUAUAGGACUCCGAAUUCAUCAGGAAAGCUUGUGGUAAUAUAUCUCUCCAGUUUGUCCACAGUUGACGCAAUCUUGAAAUCAGCUGGCGAGGUGAUUCAAGUUGGAAAUUGCUUGCACUCUAGCGACUCCACGUCGAAAGAGGUGAGAUGGGUGGUCCUAAUUCCUCUUGGCACUCGACAAGUUUUCAAGAAUCAUAGUGGAAGCCACUAUGCUUUUUAACAUUGUCAUGUUACGUGGUGUAGAAACCGAAUGUUAGUUUCAGAAACAUUUAGCAGACAUUUCACCAAGCAGUCGCUUGUUCUCUCGAACGAACUUACAGUAUAUGGAGUUUCAUAUUUCUCCACGAUAGUCUUGUAAUUGUACGUUGGGGCUUCAGCCGUCUUCCUUGCAUAAACUUAGUCAAAUUUAUUUGUCCAUUGGUUAGAAAUACUUAUAUCAUGGAUCAUGGUUCCUGGUUUUUGAGGCAUUAAUACAUCUGAUUUGCUGAAUUGUUCAAAUGCUGAAGUGAUUAUUUUUCUUCUUGAUGCUAUAUUUAAGCGAAUCUUUGUCUA